UCUGUGAAUGUGUCAAGAAUAUGUACAGCUGCCGAGCGCUACCCCACAUUACUGGUGUUCCUACUUUAGAGUCGUAUUCCAGAAUUGACUAUGCUCUCUUGUUGAUGUCGUUGCUAGGUCGGUAAAAACCUGUCCAGUUAUGAGUAGUGAAGUCGAUUAGUAAUAUGUGGGAUUCCGAAACUGUUAUGCGUUUGCGUUUACCGUGCGCCACGAGCCUGCCGCGUGUUGGAUUGUGUCGACAUCAGUUGGAGCACUGUCCACGGUGCUGAAAGUCAAGAGCCUUACCCUAAGUGGCGAACAGAGGCAGCUGAGGCGUUCCCGGGUAUAUGUAUAUGCAACUCAAAUCUUGAGAUGACGCGGAAAAGGCUGCAAUCUGUAGCUGUAUGGGGAUUCUUCGCGUGGGAAAUAGCUGUGUUGCUAAGUCUGGUGGCGUCUAAAGAGCCAGAGAGUCCUCGGGGGAGAGCAGUGCAUCCUCCAUCACCCUCCGACUUCUUGGACAAACUCAUGGGGAGAACCUCUGGCUACGAUGCCAGGAUUAGACCCAACUUUAAAGGUCCUCCCGUGAACGUAUCAUGCAAUAUAUUCAUCAACAGCUUUGGCUCCAUAGCUGAGACUACAAUGGACUACAGAGUGAACAUCUUCCUCCGUCAAAAGUGGAACGACCCCAGGUUAGCGUACACAGAGUACCCUGACGGUUCUCUGGACCUGGACCCCUCUAUGUUGGACUCUAUCUGGAAACCUGACUUGUUCUUCGCUAACGAGAAAGGGGCCCAUUUCCACGAAGUCACCACAGACAACAAGCUGUUAAGAAUAUUCAAGAACGGCAACGUCCUCUAUUCUAUACGAUUGACAUUAACCCUCUCCUGUCCGAUGGACCUGAAGAACUUCCCCAUGGACGUACAGACGUGUAUCAUGCAGCUAGAGAGCUUUGGCUACACAAUGAACGACCUGAUCUUUGAGUGGCAGGAGAAUGGACCAGUCCAGGUAGCUGAUGGGUUGACCCUCCCACAGUUUAUAAUGAAGGAUGAGACGGAUCUGAGAUACUGCACCAAGCACUAUAACACAGGGAAGUUCACGUGUAUCGAGGUGCGAUUCCACCUGGAGAGACAGAUGGGCUACUACCUGAUCCAGAUGUACAUCCCCAGCCUCCUCAUCGUCAUCCUCUCCUGGGUCUCCUUCUGGAUCAACAUGGACGCCGCGCCCGCCAGGGUGGCGCUGGGCAUCACCACCGUGCUCACCAUGACCACCCAGAGCUCCGGUUCUAGAACGUCUCUACCUAAGGUGUCCUAUGUGAAGGCCAUCGACAUCUGGAUGGCGGUGUGUCUCCUCUUCGUAUUCUCCGCUCUGCUCGAGUACGCCGCCGUCAACUUUGUCUCCAGGCAACACAAGGAACUCUUAAGACUCCGCCCGCGGAGAACGAAGAAGAAGGACGACAACGUGAGGGAGAGCCGCCUCAGCUUCACCACCACGACCGGCGGUGGCGGCACUGCUGUCAAGGACGGCACCAUCCCCAAGGCCACCAACAACGCCGCCACCACCCCGGGCGCCACGGGGCCCCAGCCCGCCAAGCACCCCAAGAAGGACCCGGCCGCCAAGAGCCACGAAGAGAUGAGAAAGCUGUUCAUCGACCGCGCCAAGAAGAUCGACACGGUAUCGCGGGCGGGUUUCCCCCUGGCCUUCCUGUUUUUUAACAUUUUCUACUGGGUCCUGUACAAGAUUCUCCGGGCUGAGGAUGUGCACAAGGACUAGUACAGAACAUUACAGUACAGUAGGGUACAUUACAGUACAUUACGGUACAGUAGGGUACAUUACAGUACAGUACAGUAGGGUACAUUACAGUACAGUACAGUAGGGUACAUUACAGUACAGUACAGUAGGGUACAAUAUAGUACAGUACAGUAGGGUACAUUACAGUACAUUACAGUACAUUACAGUACAGUACAAUAGGGUACAUUACAGUACAGUACAGUAGGAUACAUUACAGUACAGUACAGUAGGGUACAUUACAGUACAGUACAGUAGCGUACAUUACAGUACAGUAGGGUACAUUACAGUACAUUACAGUACAGUAGGGUACAGUACAGUACAGUACAGUAGGGUACAUUACAGUACAGUACAGUAUGGUACAUUACAGUACAGUACAGUGUGGUACAUUACAGUACAGCACAGUGUGGUACAUUACAGUACAGUAGGGUACAUUACAGUACAGUAGGGUACAGUACAGUACAGUAGGGUACAUUACAGUACAUUACAGUACAGUAGGGUACAUUACAGUACAGUACAGUAGGGUACAUUACAGUACAGUACAGUAGGGUACAGUACAGUAGGGUACAUUGCAGUACAGUAGGGUACAUUACAGUACAGUAGGGUACAGUACAGUAGGGUACAUUACAGUUCAGUAGGGUACAGUACAGUACAGUAGGGUACAUUACAGUACAUUACAGUACAGUAGGGUACAUUACAGUACAGUACAGUAGGGUACAUUACAGUACAGUACAGUAGGGUACAGUACAGUAGGGUACAUUGCAGUACAGUAGGGUACAUUACAGUACAGUAGGGUACAGUACAGUAGGGUACAUUACAGUUCAGUAGGGUACAGUACAGUACAGUAGGGUACAUUACAGUACAGUACAAUGACACAAGGGGGAAGAAGACCCCGGUCCCUCCUUACAAUGUGGGAACUGUUUGACAUUGACAUUUGGCAGUUCACCAACUACCUGGGGUUCCAAAACAAAGUCCUGCCAAGGUUUUAAAAAAGAGGAUUAAGGAGAUGACUCGGGAGAUGAACUGAGUAUUUACAGAGCAGAGUUAUGUCCGUAUCGCCCACCAACAACAAGAGAGGACAGACACCGUGCUCACUAUGCAACGGGAGAUCAGUUUGGAGUAUCGGACGAGUCCCACUUCACCACCUUACACAGUGUGCAGUCAAAACAGGAGCGAUGCUUUUAUUCACCUCUGCAAACCCUCUGUCACGAACACACACACACACACGCGCACGCACACACACACACACACACACACACACACACACACACACACACACACACACACACACACACACACACACACACACACACACACACACUUGUGUCUUACAGCUUUACUGCCAAUGUUCUAUUACAGUACAGUUUCCACACAACACUGGUAAACAAGUGAAAACUUCCAGUACACUCAAGUCCUUUGUAGAUUUUCCACCAGAUUAUAGUGUAUCUUUAUUAUAACCAUCAGAUGUUUGUUAUAAUUCUCAGACAUAAAAAGCUGCCACUUUGACACAUUUCCAAGCUCCCUAUUGUGGGUUAAAUGUGCCGUCCCUAGUGCUACUCAUCACAUACAGAAACGUCAUUAACCUCUUUGUGACCUUGUUGAGUGAUUCAACUCCCCAGGUCCACGCUCAGCACAAACUCCACUACGGUGUUAACAUGUUUUUUUUCUCACCUUCAUUUCCUUAAUUUCCUUAUUUCCACAAAAUGAUGAUUCACUGUUCCGUUCACUUGGUCAAACAAACCACUGCCGAAACACUCAAGUCAAACAGGGGGCCAAAGAUGUGAAAGCAUCAACCUUAAAUGACCUAGAAUCUCAACACGAGCUAACAAAGGAUCGACCAAAGAGGUAACCGACUGAGAAAAACUGAAUGAACAACAUGAAAAUAGAAUAUAAAAAGAGAGAUUUGAUACCGAUGUAGUCGCUAUGAGUUCCCACUGUGAAUUUGGAAGGCUGAGGAUAUCAUUAAAGUAACUGCCGAGUGUUUUCAGAUUUCAAUUAAAUAUGACCUAUAAUUUCUUACAAUAGGAGUGAAAUCGUUUUUUAAAUGUUUUAAUUAAGUAUGUUCAAGUCGACCGUUGAUUGGUCAGCUCAUCCUCCUCAGGGAGAUGUCAUGUUCUAUGAGGAAAUGGCAAGCAUUUUUUAAACGGUCUGUUUGAGAUACAAGUUUGAGAUGGAGUUUUUUAAGUGUUUUUUUUUCUCCAAUUUAUGCUUUGUUCACAAAUACGAGUAUAGGACGAGUCAGCAACAUUAUUUGGAAAUGAGUUAACAGAAUAUGAAAUUUUAAAAGGGAGAUUUUCACUGGGCAGUUACUUUAACAGUAUAUAGCCAUAAUACUAUACACAGCCUGAAUCGGGCCUUUCACUUCUUGGUUUACAACUUGCCUUUCAAUAUAAUCUUUAUUUGAUCAUUUUUGUCUAUCAAAUGCUCUCAAAUGACUUGCUCUGGUGUCACUGAGGGUAUCACUCAGAAACUGUGUUGGUAGCAGUACACAACCGUGGGGAGCACCAUCACAAUUAAGUUAUAACUGAUCUGGGUUCAGUAUCCAGAGUACCUAUAUUUGAAUAGUUACAUGUAUGGGUUUUUAAAUUAAAGGAAUUCACACACUCCAUAAGUUGGGGGGUCAAAGUCGAUGUAUAGAGACGAAGAAAGAAUUUAGAAUAGAUUGUAAUUGUUAUGAUGAAAUAAAAUUUUAUUUAACUAUAUUUAAAAAUAAUUAUAGAAAUGAGGGGUUGUUUACUUUGUACGGUAUGUUGAUACACUAAAAUGAUUAUCAACAACAGAGCUGUAUGAACAGACAAAUGAUCGGAAUAUCGGACAAAUGGGCAAUGAUUCAGUCGUAUCAUAUUCUUGUGUUUGAUCGAACCUGAUGACACACAGAGACAGUAUGAAACUGCAGUGUAAAGACCUGACCUAAUUUUAAGAUGACUCACAAUGGAGAAGACAAUCAAAUAAACACAUUUAUGGAUACAUCUAUGAAACGUGCAAUAUAUCAAUCUCCUCUCCUUCUUCUAGAUGGUUGACGGGUUCUUGUACUCCAAGACAGUUGUGAUGUUUUUUGAAAGAAAUUUAAAAAAAUAUAUUUGGUAAGACAUUUCCAGAAUUUUACACUAUUUAAAAACAACUACUGAUUAAAUCUAGGAAGAGAUACUGUGCCAUAUACUUUUGGUAAAAACAUAUCUAUCUAUACUCCCACAUUCCUUCAUAAAGUGUCAAAGCUUUCAUAUAGUUCUACAGAUUUUAAUACCACUUCUACAUAUUAGCAUUUGACACAGUUACACACAAUGUGAAGGAUGAAUUAAUAUACGUUUCAUGUACAUUUCUAUUGCAAGUGUAUUUAAAUACUUUAUUUUGUACAAAACAAUGACAGUAUUAUUAAAUGUUAGAUGCAUGAACUGAAUUCAAUGUCAAUAGAUUUAUUUUUGAACUUGUGUUUGACCUGUGUUUUAGUUGCUGCUGUGAUGAUGAGAAGAACGAACACAUGUGCUUUUUCCCCCAGUAUAAUGUACAUCUGUAAAUACGUUUCAUAAAUCUAAUAAAGGUCCUUUGGAGGGAAAGAUGGAGGGGAAAAAAACACAUUUCUAAAUGAAGAUUUUGUCAUUUGUGUCUUUGUUACUGUAUCAAUUCAGAGAAUCACACAGAGUGGGUAUAGAACCUGUGACCCUGCUGUGCCCUGUUGUUCAAAUCACAUUUUAUUGGGCACGCACACCUAUUUAGCAGAUGUUAUUGUGGGUGUAGCGAAAUGCUUGUGUUCCUAGCUCCAACAGUGCAGUAAUAUCU